CGAGCAUUACCAUAGAAACACAAUGACAACAAACGAAACAUCAUUAGCGACAUAAAAAUGUAUUCUGCUAACGUUAUAAACGACGGCGAUUUCACCAAAACCAUCUACAACCUAAUUAAAGACAAUCGUUUCAAUGACGCAAUUAAAGUGCUACACGGAAUUCCAGAAUCGAACUCCACAAGAGCCGGGUUGUCACUAUUGGCCUAUUGUUACUUUUACAUCCAGGAUUUCAACAAUGCCGCUAGUUAUUACGAACAACUCAUGGAAAUAUACCCGGAAAAUGACGAUUAUAAGUUAUAUUACGCGCAAUCACUUUAUCAAGCUUGUCUUUUUGACGAAGCCUACCAAAUAAGUAAUAAGCUAGUGGAUAAGGAUGAUUACAAAGGCCAAAUCACAAAAUUACAGGCUGCCAUUAAAUACAGCCAAGAAGACGUUCUAUCGGCGAAAAAUUUGGUUGACAGCUGCCCAUCCGAUGAUCCAGAUAAGGAAGUGAACUUAGGAUGUCUUCUGUACAAGGAUGGAAAUUAUGAGGAGGCUCUACUGAAAUUCCAAAAUAACAUCCAAAACCAGGGUUUCAAACCUUAUCUAGCCUACAACAUAGCCUUAUGCUACUAUAGAAUGAAAGACUAUGGACCGGCUUUAAAACAUUGCGCUGACAUAAUCGAAAAAGGAAUCAGGGACCAUCCUGAAUUAAGCAUCGGCAUGCAAACGGAAGGGAUAGAAGUCAGAUCCGUGGGGAACACUCUAACCCUACAUGAAACCUCGUUAACGGAAGCUUUUAACUUAAAGGCUGCUAUAGAGUAUCAACUUAAAAACAUGGAUUCUGCAAGAGAAGCCUUAACAGAUAUGCCACCAAGAGCUGAAUACGAAUUGGAUGCCGUAACUUUACAUAAUCAAGCUUUGAUGAAUUUUGAGCAAAAUCCUACGGAAGGCUUUGAAAAAUUGCAAUUUUUAUUGCAGCAAAACCCGUUUCCACCUGAGACGUUCGCGAAUUUACUUCUUCUCUACUGCCAACACGAGUAUUUCGAUUUAGCUGCAGAUAUAUUGGCGGAAAACGCCCAUCUCACAUACAAAUAUCUGACUCCAUACAUGUAUGAUUUUUUGGACGCCAUUAUUACCUCACAAACCUCACCAAGCGAUGCGUAUCAAAAACUGGACGAGCUUGCAAGUAGACAUACUGAGUUAUUGAGAAAACUUACCAAACAGGUGCAAGAACAUAGAAAUCAUAAUGAUACGGAAAUGAUCAAGAAAACCGUCAUGGAAUAUGAGGAAUGCUUGGAUAGAUAUAUCCCAGUUCUGAUGGGGCAAGCAAAAAUUUACUGGGAUCUUGAAAAUUAUCCACAAGUGGAAAAAAUCUUUAGAAAAAGUGUGGAAUUCUGUAACGACAACGAUAUCUGGAGGUUAAAUGUGGCUCAUGUUUUAUUUAUGCAAGAAAACAAGUUUAAGGAAGCAACAGGGUUCUAUGAACCUUUGGUCAAAAAAAGUUAUUCUGAUAUUCUAAAUGUUAAUGCCGUAGUUUUGGCAAAUCUAUGCGUUUCUUACAUUAUGACAUCUCAAAAUGAAGAAGCUGAAGAAUUAAUGAGAAAGAUAGAAAAGGAAGAAGACCAAAUGUCUUUUGAAGAGCCUGACAAAAAAUAUUUUCAUCACUGUAUUGUUAAUUUAGUUAUUGGAACCUUAUAUUGCUCUAAAGGAAACUACGAAUUUGGCAUUUCAAGAGUUAUGAAAUCUUUGGAGCCUUACAACAAAAAACUGGGUACUGAUACUUGGUUCUAUACGAAAAGAUGUUUUUUGAGCUUAAUUGAAAAUCUAGCCAAACAUAUGAUUGUUUUAAGGGACUCCAUCAUCCAAGAAUGUAUUGCUUUUUUGGAAAGUUGUGAAAUACAUGGAAAAACUGUCAGAACCGUUGCAUAUUCUUCAUUUUCCGAUGAAAAUGAGUCAGCAAACGGAAAAGAAACCGUAACCUAUGAAGCCAGAAAAUUAAAAUGUUUACUUAUGAAACUACAAAAUUUUUAAUUUGUACCAGUGUAACCGAUUAAAACAAAAUAUAAAUUAGAAUUUU